UUUCCUGUUGUCGGUGUGCCCGGUCGCCUGGGUAACCGGCCGCGCUGGUCCUGGCUGCGCCAGCGCAGGCCGCGGAGGUCUCUGGGUCAGACCUCGCGCUGGGCUCUUUCGGUCUGUUCCGUGAUGGCAGCCGCCGCCGCCGUGGUCACCCCGUCGGGUUUGGAGGAUGAGGUGUCUCGGUCCCGCGGCGAAGGAGCGGGGGAUGUGGUGGUGGAGCGGGGGCCCGGCGCGGCCUACCACAUGUUUGUGGUGAUGGAGGACCUGGUGGAGAAGCUGAAGUUGCUCCGCUAUGAGGAGGAUCUCCUCCGGAAGAACAACCUGAAGCCCCCGUCCAGACACUAUUUUGCACUGCCUACCAAUCCCGGGGAACAGUUCUACAUGUUUUGCACCCUUGCUGCCUGGCUGAUUAACAAAGCGGGACGCCCUUUUGAGCAGCCUCAAGAAUAUGAUGACCCUAAUGCAAUAAUAUCUAACAUACUAUCUGAGCUUCGAUCAUUUGGAAGAACUGCAGAUUUUCCUCCUUCAAAAUUAAAGUCGGGUUAUGGAGAGCAUGUAUGCUAUGUCCUUGACUGUUUAGCUGAAGAAGCAUUAAAAUAUAUUGGUUUCACUUGGAAAAGACCAGCAUACCCAGUGGAAGAAUUAGAAGAAGAAACUGUUGCAGAAGAUGAUGCAGAAUUAACAUUAAAUAAAGUGGAUGAAGAAUUUGUGGAAGAGGAGACAGACAACGAAGAAAACUUUAUUGAUCUCAAUGUUUUGAAGGCCCAGACCUAUCGCUUGGAUAUGAACGAGUCUGCCAAACAAGAAGAUAUUUUGGAAUCUACAACAGAUGCUGCGGAAUGGAGUCUGGAAGUAGAACGUGUACUACCACAACUGAAAGUCACGAUCAGGACUGACAAUAAGGAUUGGAGAAUCCACGUUGACCAAAUGCACCAGCACAAAAGUGGGAUUGAGUCUGCUCUAAAGGAAACCAAGGGAUUUUUGGACAAACUUCAUAAUGAAAUUAGUAGGACUCUGGAAAAGAUCGGCAGCCGAGAAAAGUACAUCAACAGUCAGCUCGAGCACUUGGUUCAGGAAUACCGCGCAGCUCAAGCCCAGCUGAGCGAGGCACGGGAGCGUUACCAGCAGGGAAACGGUGGAGUGACUGAGAGGACCCGACUCCUGUCCGAGGUCACAGAAGAGCUAGAAAAGGUGAAACAAGAAAUGGAAGAAAAAGGCAGCAGCAUGACUGAUGGUGCCCCUCUGGUGAGGAUUAAACAGAGCCUCACGAAGCUGAAGCAGGAAGCCGCUCAGAUGGACGUCAGGGUCGGGGUGGUGGAGCACACGCUGCUGCAGUCGCAGCUGAGGGAGCGGGCCGACAUGACGAGGGACAUGCAUGCCGCCGCCGUCCCGGAGCCCGCGGCGGGCUCUUACUGAGGCAUGCCGCUUCUCAUGCUUCUGAGUAUUGGCUUUUUAUAGAAAAGCGUAUUUCAUGUUGCACAGAUUACAAAGCACAGUUCUUCCUCUUAAAGCGUGUUGGCUAUUUUUUUACAUAUAUACACACAUAUUGUAUCAUGAUGAUUAUGGAUGGUCAGAACCUUUAAAUUGAAUAUAAUAUUUAAUAAAGUAAUUUAAAAUUCUCACUUUCAAAGCAGCUUUCACUGAUCAUUACAUAUAGUAAAGCCCUGACCUGGUGGCCCCCCCUUCUUACGGCUCCUUGCAUGUGAGGGAGGGGAGCCUGGUGCAGAGCGGGUAGGACCCAUGCUUUCUGCAGGGGCUGCUGGUGUCAGCACAUGGACCUCUGGCGCAAGCGGCCCCUUCCAUUUGGUACACACACAGUGAUCUCCAGUGUUUCUGCUCCCAGAUGCAGCCAGCAAUGGCUGGGAAUUCUUUCCAAAAUUCCAAACUACCCUUGCCUCAACUUUAUGGUUACGUAAAAUUACAUCUUUUUAAAACAUAAGAAUAAAACUUCAGUAUCUUUA